GAGGAACCACUGCUACAGUUAGUGAAGAUGUCAACAGUAACUGAAAGUUUGGAGAAGGUGGACUUGAUUUACAUCUCCAUCGAGAGCACUAUCGCUCUGGUGUCGGUGCUUGGGAACGUGCUGGUGGUCCUGGUGGUUUACAUGAAUCAGGCUCUCAGAGACCCCACUUUCUGUUUUAUUGUCUCUCUGGCACUGGCCGAUAUCGCAGUUGGCGUUCUUGUCAUUCCGCUGGCAGUGGUCAUCAGCUUGGGUCUCAACACACUGUUUUACACCUGCCUCUUCAUCUCCUGCCUCCUCAUCACCAUCACCCAAAGCUCCAUACUGUCCCUGCUGGCCAUCGCCAUCGACCGCUUCCUACGCGUCAAAAUCCCCACCAGGUACAACAUCAUUGUUACACAGAGGCGGGCGUGGGUAGCCGUGGGUUUGUGUUGGCUCAUCUCGUUUCUGACUGGUUUAGUGCCAAUGGCCGGCUGGCACCUCAGCCCACCCGGAAAUGUCAGCACGACGCCCAUCAAAUGCCAAUUCACCAAAGUCAUGCGGAUGGAUUACAUGGUCUACUUCAACUUCUUUGUUUGGGUGGUGGUGCCCCUGAUCAUCAUGACCGGACUGUAUGCAGAGAUCUUUCGCGUGAUCUGCCGCCAACUCAACCGUCGAGCCGAGGCCACCUGCGACUCGAGCAAAUACUACCGCAAAGAGCUGAAACUUGCGAAGUCAUUAGCGCUAGUUCUUUUCCUGUUUGCACUUUGCUGGCUGCCACUGCAUAUUAUGAACUGUGUUGUGUUUUAUUGCCCGACAUGCAAUGUGCCCAAGAGUGCUGUUUACGUGGGUAUCUUUAUGUCACACGUCAACUCUGCACUCAACCCGCUGGUGUAUGCUUUCCGCAUCCAGCGCUUCCAUGAUACACUGAUUCAUAUCAUCCAGCGAUUUGUGCUUUGUAAAACUACAUCAGCCAUCCUGAGCCAGCAUAGUCCUGGACCGAUCACAGAGAAAACCCAAGUUCAGUAGAGACUGAGACUAAGGGGGAAUGAAAGUAUUUAAAUAUACAAUGAUGGAGAUGCAAUGCACAAUAUGGCAGAAUAAUACAGCCUACUACAUAAAAGAGCCAAUAGGCAAUUAGUAAAGUCAUUGCAUCGCUGCAGCUGCUAUUAGGAGCUCCAGUUGAAAUAGAAACAGUUUUUUGAGAGAUGCACUUAGGACUGUAUAUGUGCAUUGGCUGGUUUAGCAUGAAUUUGUAACAUUAUUUGAGCUUAAGAGACACAUUUAUGGGACCGUUUAUGUUAGAUUUUGAGAUUUCCACAUUCAAGUUCUCUUUUCAGACUUGGUCUUGGGUGCCUGAAAUAGCUGCCCAGAGGUGUUGCAAAAAUGGAACAGACUUUUACACACUGUCUGGGAUUGUUGCAACUGACUGGCUGAGAGAACUAUGCAAAUCAGGAAACAACACAAACAUACCCAAAAGUAUGAAUUUCUCCACAAAUUUCUCCAUUUUCCAUUCUGCACUCUACAUUGUGAAGGAUGCAGCGAACUACGGCAAUCUGGCAUUACUGCAGUCCAUGCACCCGAAUCAGCUCUUUAAAAUGCAGAAAGAGCACGUCUAUACUGUGUGUCUGGAAAUAUGCCUAGUUAUAAUGCAAUUUUCCAUCAUUUGAUGAAUUACUGCUGCCACGAUGUCUCGAAAAUAUAUACAAACAUCACUU